AUACCAACAUUGUGAAGGUGAAUGACGCAGAUUCUAGUUAGUUUGCCUCACGGCAACUUCUUCACCUUUCGUCGCGUCGCUGUUUUAUAAUUAUAGUCCAAAUAGACUUUUGUGGUGCAUAGAACUAAAUGCAAGAAAUUUCGGGUGUGUUGGGUCAUGAUUCGCAAUGAUGAAGACGUGUUCGAUACUUUUGCUCAUUCUCAUAAUCAGAGGUGUUUCGCUACAAUGUACAAUCUCCACGUUCGACGACACAGUAAUAAGGAUAAACAACGUCAAGGAAACCAUAAAUGGAUGCCUCUCACCAGAGACAAUAACCUUUAAAGGCCAAAUUACAGCAAUAGCCAUUAAUAAUCAAGACAAUAUACUCGAUUUAAAUUAUGGCGCAGUACAAAAUAUUUCGAGCAAUUUUCGCUUGGAUUUAAGGAAUAAUCGUAUCGAGUUCAUAAGGGAAGGGGCGUUCUUAAAUCUUCCCGGGCUCUAUUACAUCAACUUGCGAUACAACGAAAUUACGUGGAUUGCUAAAAAUUCGUUUAAGGAUUUGCCAUCAUUAAGCGAAGUGUUAUUAAGUGAUAAUAAAAUUACGGUGGUGUGGCAGCAGGCUUUCAACAAUCUUCCAAAGUUAAGGUACAUCGCGUUUACCGGUAACAAGUUGGACCGUUUUGAUCAAGAUUGGUUCUCUGCAACACCCAAUGUGGAACGAUUAUAUUUUGGGUACAAUCAGUUACGCGAAAUCACGAGGGGUGCCUUUAUCAACCUUCCAAACUUGAAGUUUCUCCUGUUCGCCCAAAAUCUGCUCGAGUACAUCGAUCCAGACGCGUUUAAAGGAUUGCGAAAUUUGGAAAAAAUGACUUUCGAGGACAACAGGCUUAGAAGCAUCGAGCUCAAUCUCCACAGACCUUCCAAACUGGCCGAACUUUACAUAAUGUUUAAUAAUAUAACGUACAUAUCGGACAGGAUGUUAGAGACGUUGCGACCCAGUUUAAAAUCAUUUGAGGUGUACCGUAAUCCGUGGCAGUGUUCCUGCUUGGAUAAGAUAGUAUCUUGGGGACUUAAAAAUAACAUUUCGGUUAACGCGGGAUGGUUUCGUCCCGAACUAAAAGCUACGGCCGUGUGCGUUUAUCCCACGACAUACUCACAGGCGUGCCUUGACCGUGGUGAAAACGAGUACGAGCUAGGAUUUUGGGCUCACGUUUGGAAGAAAAAGGACUAUUAAAAUACGAUCCUCAACCGCCGUUCUGCUUUCCCAAAAUGGCUGGCUGUAAAUAGAAAAACUUCAAUUUCGGUUUUCCUGGCUUGGUGCAGUUCUUCACCUGAAUUUUGCUCAACGUCGCCUUCAUAUUAGAAUGUGAUCGCCGAGAUGCGCCCCAAAUAAAUUCUUAAAAGUGCGUAGAUUCCUGCAACUGCAACAAUAUGUAAUUGUGAUUUGUUUGGACAAAUAAAACUUGAUACCUAGGUAAUCUUA